AUGAUCAACGGGUUUCUUCCAAGUUACACCAGUUGGAUUUUUCAUGGGGAGAAUUUGUCAUCGCCUGUGCCACACAAUGUGAAUGUCGGGCAAAUUGAUUCGAACGAUGGUGAUGAAACUUAUGAAAUGCUAUACGAAGGAUUUGGACUUCCUCCACCAAGCUUUAUCCACGAGGCAGCAAGUUCUGGUAUUAAACAAGGUCCAGAUGAGAAAACCAAAAAAUUCUUCAAUUUAUUGAAAGAGGCCGAAAGAGAGUUGUAUCCUGAGUGUCAGAAGUUUUCAACGCUCUCAUUUAUUGUUCGGUUAUUGCACAUCAAGUGCCUUAGUGGAUGGAGUGACAAGUCUUUCACGAUGUUGCUCGAGCUUUUGAAGGAUUCGUUUCCAAAGGGUGAAACUUUGCCGAAGUCAUUUUAUGCAACUAGGAAACUUCUUAGGGACUUGGGCCUCGAUUAUCAUAAGGUACAUGCAUGCCCAAGGGAUUGUUCAUUAUAUUGGAAGGAAACAGCUGGUAUGGAUGAUUGCAUAGUUUGUCAUAUGCCUAGAUACAAACAGUUUGAGGGGGAGGAGAAUGAUGUUAAGAAGAAGCAACAAAAAAUUCCGCAUAAGAUUAUUAGAUACUUUCCAUUGAUUCCAAGGCUUCAAAGAUUGUUUAUAUCAUCCAAAACAUCUUCUUUAAUGAGAUGGCAUACAAAGGGCCGAAUUGAUGACGGCAAAAUGAGACAUCCCGCUGACUCUCCAGUUUGGAAAAAUUUUGAUAAUUUGUAUCCCAAGUUUGCGAGUGAGCCUCGCAAUGUCAGACUGGGUUUAGCAGCGGAUGGAUUCAAUCCAUACAAGGCAAUGAAUGUCUCUCAUAGCAGUUGGCCAGUUAUUAUAAUGCCAUACAAUUUGCCACCAUGGUUGUGCAUGAAGCAACCUCAUAUGAUGAUGACAUUGCUUAUCGAUGGUCCUUCUUCACCUGGAAAUAAUAUUGACGUCUACUUACGCCUUGUAGUGGAUGAAUUGAAAGAACUGUGGGAAAACGGUGUUGACACGUAUGAUGCGGAAACUAAUCAGAUGUUCCGAAUGCAUGCUGUGUUAUUGUGGACUAUAAAUGAUUUUCUUGCCUAUGCAAUUUUGUCUGGAUAG